GUUAAGCAAGCAGUUCGCCAAGAAAAUCUUCCCAAACCCCGGGUGCAGGCAGGGCUGGCGAACCGUUGCCCGCCGUUCCUAUCAAUCAAGAGCCAAGUGACGACUUGGCUGCACAAUAUCUUGAUCCCCGGGGCCCGGAUGGGGGCUUCCCGGGGAGCCUGGUUUAGGGGAGCAUUGACGCUAAACCAAAUCGGGACAUUCUUGCGAACCAUCGAAAUCCUUGUCUAUAGAGUAGCAAAGCAGCAGAAGGUGGGUUGUAGCAAGGUGGAUCCCGAUGCAUCAAUGACGGAUGGAUUGGCAAACAUGAGAAACGGCUGUUGGAUCCGGUGGCUCUGGCAGCUCCUCCCCCUUGAUUUGACGAUUGCGUACCCGUACACACAAGACGCGCCGCCGCGCCCAGACACACAGACGCCCCAAAAUAGAGACCGGACCAGUCAGAUCACCGGCAAGCGGGUAGGAGAAUUAUGCCUAGUACACGAUAAAAGAAAAAAAAAACUAGGUGGCAGGGCCCCUGGGGGAGUGUUAGGGGAACAGACAGACAGCAACAAAUUCAAUCAGACAGCUUCAGUGGAGCCGUCCUCUGAUCGUCAGUCAUGUCAUGACCUGUCCGGAUGUUUAAACGUGCCAGACUUACAAAGUAUAUACGCACCACCGAAUAAUGAUUCCAUCGACCACACCCACCCUCCACGACGGCCCGGCUGGCAGCCCUGGGAUCACGCCGGUCUCAUCGAUUUUUGCCUAGUUGCAGGGACGACGGGGCGGGUAUUCACAUAUUGUAAGCCGCCUACCUGCCUUAUAACCCUAUACCAGGGUAAAUGGACAGUAUUCACUUCGUCGUCUUUGUGCUCCCUUACUAUCACCAACGACUAUGCACAUGACCCAAAGAGGAAUAAACUAGAUAUGCAUGCAUCCCUGGCUCAUGCCUCAGCUCGGCCUGUCUGUCAGCCAGUAAUAGUAAAUCAGUAG